AUGGCCUCCACUACACUCAUCACUUUCAUGCUCCAAGUACCGACAACGGCCUUCUCCGUCGAGAUCUUGGGAUCUUGGGACAAUUUCACGAAACCAUAUCAGCUGAAGAGGGACCGCAAGACAGGGCCAGGUCAAUGGCGAGGAUGCCACACCUUCGAAAACAUCACCUGCGAUGGCGACACCCUGCACUCAUCUACCAGUCGUGAUGGAGGCUUGAAGAUGGGAGGCACUUACUGGUACUAUUACGUCAUUGAUGGUGAUAUUGACUACCAUGAUCCUGCGGAACCUUCGACGAGUCUAUGCCCUCUCCUCCCAGGCCAGAUGGUCAACGUGUUAAAUGUCCCAGUCCAAGGGAAAGUGAUCUUCGGAGGAAGCCGCAACGUCUCAUCGAGCUCUCUUGACUCCGCGGUCUUCACCUUGGAUCCGAAAGACAAGUACCUCCCCCCAGGUGUUCGCCGCGCUACUACCACCUCAGCCGUCCAUGCGCGCAAGCCUCCCCUCCCUGCGACGACCAGACCGAUGUUUCGAGCACCUCGCAAUGACUCAGCCAUGGCAGACGUAGUGCCGCAAACCUCAAAGACGACCCACGACGUCCUAAACCUGGAAAGUCAGCGUUCUCUGCUCUCGGUCUUCCACCGGAUGCGACAAACGAGAUCUGCGGGUUCAAACACAAAAUCAAACCUAGUAUGGCCACGCAAGGUCUUCUCUCGAGCUGGCCAACCGGCAAAGCAGGACGCGCCGAACUUUGUCCCGAAAGUGGCGGAGCUACCUGAUCGCACACCUAGCCUGCCGCCUACGAGGAUUCGAGAUGGGUUUGAAACGCCAAUUCGACUACCUUCCACAGCGGACACCACGGAUCGAGCGCCUACGGCCCUCUUGAUCAAUCUCACAGUACCAAAAGACAAUGUCCGUCCUUUGGAGCUGCUUCCAUCCAGGGGCCAUAGCCAGUCGGCUCCUCCGAAUGAGAGAGCGCUCGGGCUCGAGGAUAGGCACGCAACGUCCUCAAUUCGAAACUCGGAGACUUCAUUCUUAUCAACCUAUUACACCCCGCUUGAGCAGCUCAGAGACACGCUUUCGUACUUUGCGCCGAUUGUGGUUGAGAAAGAGGAUGACACGGUGCUGAGUGAUCAUCUUGGCCGACUCAAUCUUGUGCCAGAUGCACAAGAGACACUCGCAGCCCCCACCAAGAUGCCACUUGACGAACAAAUCACUAUUUCAAACGCAGUCCCGCCAAUAGAGACACUCGGAUCGCUUGAGCUUGAUUUUCACUCUCCCAAGUAUGGCUAUGCGGAAUCCUUAGCAUCUUAUGCCACCAGCGCCAACUUCUCUCCCUGCCUUGCUUCCAACUCGACUCACUCAGGGCCUACGUCCCCUUGCCAUCUCUCUCAGCCCGAAACUCCUGAUACGAGUGAGUUUGGAGACGAUUUUCUACCGCCACUACGCGAUUCAGAAUCUCUCACGCAAACGGGCAGGAGAACCAGCAGCGAUCUUGAUCUCCUGUUGGCCAGACCCUCUUCUAGACCAGCGCCGCCACACCUACUGCGGCCGCAGGGAGACCACAGGCAGGACUCACAUGCCACACUGGGUGGCUUCCAAGGCUACAGUCUUCCCGAUCACGACCACGCCUCCGUACUCACGAUCCGGAAGCUUCCCAGCAGCACAUUCGCGAAGACAGCCGGUGCUUCACCCUUCACUCACCAGAGCGGCGAGCAGGAUCUCGUCCACUCGUGGAAUGACGGGUCCGAACACCGCAUGACCGCUCUCGGAGAACUCGUCGAUGAUUUGGGCUAUCUCGGCAAAGUGAUCAUCUAA